AUGUCGUUCAACCCUUCCUCUCCGGAGGCGCUGCUUCCCACCCCCACUAGUGAGAAAGCUCCGAGCAGUGCGCCGCCUGGCAUGCCCGCCACCGCCUCCCGCCCGGCCCCGGAUAUCGCCAGCUCGCGGAGCUGUGUAACGUGUCGCCGCCGCAAGGUCCGCUGCAACAAGCGCUCGCCUUGCUCCAAUUGUGUCAAGGCUGGCAUUGACUGUGUCUUCCCCCCACCCGGCCGCGCCCCGCGCAGAUCCAAGCGUCCGCCCGACACGGAGCUACUCUCGCGCUUGCGGCGCCUGGAGGGCGUCAUCGAGCACCUGAACGGGAAAAACUCUGAGAACGGCGGGUCUACAUCCAGUGUCUCGCCGACUCAGCCGCCUUUGACUUUUGCGUCCCUCCCCUCUGCUCCUCCUACCGCUGCGACCGCGUCAUCAAGCAAAGCCGAAGCAUCGACGGCCCCGGACUCUGGUUGCCCAUUCGAGAAUGACGAUCCCAAGAAGCUUGCGCCCAAGAAGUUCGAGAAUGAGUUCGGAAGACUGGUUAUUGAUGAAGGAAGGAGUCGAUAUGUGAGCAAUCGGCUUUGGGCAAGCCUUGGGGACGAGAUCGAAGAACUUCAGGACCUCCUCGAUCACUCUUCAUCCGAAGAAGAUGAUACUCCCUCUCCAGAAUCCUCCCAUUCAGGCUCCCACCAGGGCUUCCUUUUCGGCUUCUAUUCCCUGUCCCACUCGCUUCGAGAGUUCCACCCGGAUCUACCCAAGGUGUCGAUGUUAUGGGAAGCCUAUAAAGAGAAUGUUGCUCCUUUGAUCACCCUUGUGCACAAAGAAACGGCUCGGAAUCUCUUGGUCGAGGCAGCGCAGCAUCCGGACUCGUUGGAUAAAAAUAACGAAGCGCUCGUGUUUUCUAUCUAUUUGUCCGCUAUUGUCAGCUUGAAACCUGACGAGUGCAUGGCCCGACUAGGUGAGGACCGAACCAUUCUGGUCAAACGCUAUCGCUUUGCCGUGGAACAAGCACUCUCAAGGGCCGGCCUGCUUAACACACAGAGUUUAAUCCUCAUUCAGGCGGCGGUUCUCUUUCUGAUCUGCGUUCGCCGGGAGGAUGAUUCCAAGUUUGUGUGGUCCAUGAACUCUGUUAUCCUGCGCCUCGCUCAGGGUCUGGGCGUACAUCGAGAUGGGACCAACUUUUCUCUCAAGCCGUUCGAGACGGAGAUGCGCCGACGCCUGUGGUGGCAUAUCUGUCUUCUGGAUGUCCGUUCCUCCGAGGAUCAUGGAACCGAUCCGCUGAUCAACGAAAGCAUGUACGACACUCGGCUCCCGUUGAACAUCAAUGACGACGAUAUCACACCAGAAAUGACAGUGGCCCCGGAAGAACGGGUUGGUUUCACUGAUGUGACCUUCUGCCUCAUUCGUUGCGAAAUUACGAGCGCUCUACGGCGCGCUAAUUACUCUUGCCCCGGUGUCCGAUUCCGUAUGGGCGAGUCUACUCCUGGGAUCGAUCGCUGUGAGCGACUGAUCCAGGUCAUCAGCGACCGUGUCGAGGAGCGAUAUAUCAAACACUGCGACAUGAAUAUCCCGGUCCACUGGGCGACUGCAACGGUAGGACGGCUCAUUCUCGCAAAGCUAUGGCUGGUUGUUCAUCAUCCGAUGACGCGGAGGGAUCGGGUUACCACCGUGUCCCAGGCAACUCGCCAAAGCCUGUUCCUGACCGCCAUUGAGGUUCUUGAGUUCGGCCGCCUCCUUGAAACCGAUCCCAAGACCGCGAAAUGGGGAUGGUUGGUCCGGACCAACAUGCAAUGGCAUGGACUCGCCUUUGUCUUGUCUGAGGUGUGCGUCCGUCCAAUCUGCCCCGUCACCGACCGGGCUUGGAACGCGGUCAAUGGUAUUUACACGGACUGGGAACGCCAGGCAACACACAAGAGGGGCAUGUUGUGGCGGCCGUUGGCCGCAUUGAUGAAACGAGCCACUUCAUUUAGAGCCAAGCAACAGGAAGAACUUGUCGCCAAGUUCGGUCCGAACCUUACAGCAUACAAUCCUGAACCGACUGAUCUCGUGAUGACACAUCAUCAGACUCUCCCUCAUAUCCAUAUGCCAAAUGCAUCACCGCUUCCUUCGCCAAUUCCUCCAUCCAAUCCAAACAAUCAAAUGGAAUCUGACCUGGACAUUAAUUUGAAUCAGGCGCCGUGGGAAACACUGCAGAGCAUCUUCCCUAAUACCAACUUCCUUGCUCCAGUGGCCCUCGACAAUCCACCUAUCCAGGGCCCAGCUCCGGCGGUCAGCAUACCCACAGGACAGUCCUUUAAUACCCCUAUGAGCAACCCUUUCAUGUCCCAGGAACAUAUCCCCGAUACUGCCUCGCUCAGCUGGGACGAAUGGGACAAAGUCAUGCGGGAUUUCCAGAUGGACGUCGACAACGAGGAUUCAAAUGCCAAGGUUCCCAAUGUUACAGAAUGGUUCUCAUGA